GGACAAGUGGAAAUCCAUCAGGACCGUAGCGAAAAUAUCAAAGGCGUUAUACAGAAGAUUGGCACACAAUACAGGUGAAGCUUCAAAUCAACAACUAGAUCAGAUAGAACGGUUUUCGUCUGUCGCUUUCGUCGGCAGGGCGCAUGAAUAUCGAAGACUUGAAGCAGAGCAUACCUAUAUAAAACCGGUCGCGUAUAUUGACAUUGAGACUGGGGAAGCAAGGUCCACUAUCGUCUUUGGAACCGAAAUAGAGAAAGAAGUCAUGAAGAAGGCAGCGGAUGCUAUACUGGACCGAAGAGGGCUCUCGUACACUGUUUCCCUCGUUCCAUCUAUACAACAUAUCUAUGAGCUGGAGCGUCAAUUUCGACCUGAUGUCUCUCUGGAUGACACCUUAAAAACCUUUACUGAUGAAGAGCUUGAUGGAGAGGCCAUGCGCUUUGGCACACGUAAGUAUGAAUCGUCAAUGAAUGGAAAUGCUUAUGGUUAA